AUGGCUGACAUGUGGACAAGGCCAAAGCCUACGAAGCGCUUGCCAGCAUACACGAAGGAGGAGAGUGAGGCGGAGAAUUUGCAGCCAGUGGAGACCCAGAAGGAUUCUGAAGAGUCUGACGCCGAGAGCUCAUCAGACACCUCGUCAGCAUCAGAGUCCUGCGACGACGUCAAGGGCAAGGGCGCAAAGAACGACGACUCCCUCUCCGAAAAGAUUGGUCAGAUGAUCGACGAGCACGAGCAGGAGCCGAAUCCGAAGGAGCCGGACGAGCAACAGGAGCCGCCGCCCAAGAAGCUGAAGCGCUCGCAUAAGUACACAAACCUGGCAGACGUGGAGCAGAACAGGCGGACAGCCUCGAAGAGCAAGGCGCAAGCCACUACCGGAGAGAGCGUCACUCCUGCACCUACUUCCGGGGAGAGCGUCGCACCUGCAAAGGCGAAGGGCAAGGUGAAGGACGAGCUGGUGACGCCAGUCAAGCCGAAAGGCAAGGCCAAGCCGAACGCGAAGGCCAAGACGGUCAAGUUUGUGGCGAGCAAGGAGAAAGGCAGCUCAAGCUCCAAGCCGGCGGAGCCAAAGGCUGGCCCGCCUCCGAAGGCCAAGGAUGACUUCCAGUGCCCGCCUUGCGCGAGCGUUACUGCCUUCAUGCUGGUUCCAAUGUGUCCUGAAGGAGCUGGUGUGAGACCUCAAGGCGCGCCAGCCACUGCGGCAAGCGGAGGCGACGUGGCCAAAGCAGCGGCAGCGGUCAAGUAUGACUACGGUUGGGCGCAGGACCACAGGUGCGCCUGGAGGCGGCGUGUCCUUGGCCCCAAGCAGCGCGGGCCACUGGAGCUUUCCCUGCCGCCAGUCUUCAAUCCUGAGGCAGAUGGCCUGGAUCCAAUCACCUGUCUAUGGCCGGACGGCUGUGCGUACACGGUCUCUCACAUCUGUCAGGAGGACCUCCAGACAAUGACGCAGAAGAACCCGGCGCCACGCGCGCCCGUCAAGGUGAAGCCCGUCAAGGUCAAGGAGGCGCCCGUCAAGGUCAAGCAGGCGCCCGCCAAAAACCCGCCGGAGAAGGAGCCCACGUCCAAGGAGGCAGAGAUCAUGAGUGGCAGCACCUUCGUGUGCAAGGAGGAGGGCAAGGAGCGCGAGGUCAAGGUGGCCCUUAAACUUCAGAAGGGGCGGAACUCGAUUAUCUCGAUGAUGGAGAAGUCGAUGGAGAAGGCGGGGUGGCAACAAACGCUACAGUUGGUAGUGGCAGCGGGCAAGCUGAGCGCGCUGCACGCUAUGAUCGUGAUGCUGGUCGUUGGCGCAGAGCACACGCUGGGGACGCUGGGGAAGGAGGAUUUGCGGAGAAGACGGGAUGAGCUAACGGAGCAGGCGGCCUCCGGCAACUUGCUUGUCUUCCUGGAAAGUGUCACUGUGCACCCGGCGUACGGCGUGCAGCCAGAUCCCAGCAUCUUGGAGAUCCUGCAGGCAGAGCAGGUGCAGACCAACAAGAUGAACCGAAACCAGAAGAUCCUUGACGAGAAGCCCGUGACUCAGCACUGCCACAUCCAAAAAGGCCUGUUCGCGCUGGUGCCGGCCAGGGCCACAAUUCAGUCAGCGCUUGUCAACGCUGGCAACGCGGGGUUGGCAGUUGGGUGCGCCAGGCUGGGGGCUGUGACAGACUCGCAGCGAAGGCUCGGCCGCCUGCGAGCAGUUUCGGACAAGGAAGCCGGCCGAGUGGAGAUCGAGACAACCCAGAGCGAGGCAAUCCCGCCAGCCCAGCCCUCGCCUCCCGUAGAGCCACCGAAGCUUGUGGAGGUGCCCAACGACGAUGAGCCUGCCAGCCACAAGAAGGAGCAGCCAAAUUUUGAGCGGGCGCGAGAGCAGUAUGCGACGCAUCACGGAGUCGACAAGGCUUUGGUCACGGAGAAGAUGAUGGAGGAGAGUGAGCCGAUCGGGAAUGCCAUGUACCGCCAGUUUGACAAGCAUCCGGCAGCGCGGGAGACAUACAAGUGGCUGUCUGAUGACUUGAAGCUGCGCUUCAGACAGACGUGGGCUUUGCAGCGCAACUUUGAGUUCAUCUCCAAGAAGCGCAUCAGGUCCAUCAGCAUGGUGACAUCGAACCAGGAGCUGGGCUCAUGGAAGAACGAGCUCCAGCUGGAGCAGUACUACGGAGGAGUCGGGAUUCCGGAGGCCCAGCGGCAGGCGAGCAACUACAUCAAGAACUGCAAGAAGUGGCCGGACAGUACCUUCACUCGCUACAACGCGUGGACCGAGGCGGACAACUUUUUGCUCGUGGAGAAGUUGGUCUCCCAGACGUCGGAGGAGGCGUGGCGGGAGGUCGCGGAGAGUGUGGACAACAGCGCCACGUACGCGUUGGAGAGCUAUCGGGCUAAGGCUUGCAGGAAGUACGCGGUGGUGCAUGGCAUCUCCUACGAGGCGGUGGACAUGGAGAAGGUGGAGAAGAGCUCGCACGGCAUCCAGGGCUGGGCGGACAUGAACGUGGUGGUUCCGGGCAUCAACGAGGGCGCGAGACACUCUGCCAACCCAGUCAUGCCGAUCGAGGGAGCUCCGCAGGAUGAGCUGGACCCACCAGGCCCCAAGGCAAAGGCGAAGGGGAAAGCGAAGGCGAAGCCAAACUCGAAGCGCGGCGGUGGCAAGGCGAAGAAGGAGGGGCCUGACACGAAGGACCUGGAGAAGGAGGCGCGGGAGUCUUUGAUGAAGGCUCAGAGAUCUCAGAGCCUGAUGGAGAACGUGUGCGGGACGGGGGCAGACAUCCCAUCUGAGUACGCAUGGACGAAGAGCUUCCUGGAGGAGUACGCGGGCUUGGCGAAGAACUUCAAGGACGCUCUGCAGCCUGACGACGGGGAAGAUCUUCUUGCUUUUGUCAACGAGCUCAAGCUCGCGGCGCUCUCCCCGGCUGCGAUGAAGACGAUCAAGAAGACAUGGGGUGACAAGUACCACAACAUGCUGACCUUGUUCAACGACCGGAUGGACGCAGUUGCCACCCGGGUCAGCAGCAUGAUGAGCGCCAUGAACACGGCCAACUCUGCACCCGCUUCGAAACGCGCGAGGAAAGUUUAG